CCUUUUUUUUACUAUUACGAAAGACCACAAAAGCAAAAACAAACAAAAUACAUCGCCAGCCAAAAGCACCGAAGCCUGCACUUUGAAAAACAACCUGCCAGGUUCGACUGGGACAUUGCUCGAGUGUUGGGGUUUGAGGAUUCAAACGACACACGGCAACGACAACAACUACCGGGACUACUGUGCAGCCCCUCCUUCAUUCUCGAGGUCACACAGCCAUAAAACAAAAGAAUAGAAGAAGUAGCAUAUAUCACCGGAAGACACAACAAUGUGCUGCAAGAGGAGAGCCCAACGCAACGCCGCCUUUGCGGCCAUGUUAGACCCCUCAGCCGGCCAAUACCACCAACACCACCACCACCAGGGCGACGAGAUGCAGGCGUACUCUGCUGUUUUUCCUGCAGAGGCGACAACUUCCGCGGCGGCAAUUUAUGCAGCAGGCGGCCCUACUUCAUACGGGAUGGCUCAUCGCUGCAUUGGCCAGCAGCAGCGGCGCUCCUGCCGGAGCGGGGGAUGCGCUGGUGGUGGCCGUCCUCGUCGAGGUGGCUGUGGUGGUGGUGCGCGCAGGGGUGGCGGAGGAGGUGGAUUGAUUGCCUCGUUUGUGAGGAUGGUUGUGGAACACCGCGAGGGGAAGCGAGAGCGGCAGCGGGUUUGGGAAGAACAGGAGAGACAGAGGAUGAUGACGAUGAUGGGAGGAGAGCCGAUGAAGGAGAAGGAGGAGGUUGUGGAGGCGGAGGAGGUGCAGGAGGUUGAAAAGGUUGGCGAACUGCCAACUUAUGAGAUGGCUGUCGCUCAGUGAGUUGAGAGCAUGAGACCAGUUGUUGGAAGAGGAUUAAAUGGCUUCAAGUUCUCUCAAAUCGUGCGUCUUGGCGUCAUUCACAUAGAGCAAACUAGAUCCCCACAGGCAGGUCCACCAUACGAUCUGGCACAACUGUCA